AUGAUUGGAGUGAGCAAAGUUUUGUUUAUUGCUGCCUACCUUCCGGCGCUAAUUUACGGCAUUGCGGUGAGACCUUGUCCGAACAAUGCGCCCAUACCGCAGGAUGUACGCGUCGUCGGAUGUGCGGCCGAACCGUGCAUCGUUCAAAUUGGCGGUGUAGUCGACAUGGAUCUGGACUUUGUGGCGGCCCGUGCUACUAACGGAAUGCGUGCCACUUUGGACAUCUUUCUCGGCGACUUCCGCGUACCGUACGAUCUGCCGGUAGCACAGCAGAAUGCUUGCAACUUUUUGGAAGCGGGCAGCUGUCCGGUAACGCAGGGAGAGUUUAUCAACUAUCAUCUCAGCACACCAGCGGCAGCACCGUUCGCUGGCAUUACUGUCGAUCUGCAGCUGCAGCUGUCCGAUGAUAAUGGUCAGCCGUUGAUCUGCUAUCGAUCUGCAGCUACAAUUGUUGCUGCUUAA